CCAAUUAAAUGGUAGAUUUGCCAUUUAUUAGAACGCAAGCGCUUUGGCAGUCUGCCAUAAGAUACCUGCUGAUCAAUUUUGAUCUUAGAUUUUGACAUUAUCCUCGAAUUUCUCGCAGGAACGGUGAAAUCUAUUUAAACAUGGGUAACGAAAGCUCUCUACCCAUGGAGUUAUGCUCAAACUUCGAUGCCGAUGAAAUCAAAAGAUUGGGCAAACGAUUUCGAAAAUUAGAUCUUGACAACAGUGGUGCUCUCAGUACCGAAGAAUUUAUGUCUCUACCAGAAUUGCAACAAAAUCCUUUGGUGCAACGUGUCAUAGAUAUAUUUGAUGCAGAUGGCAAUGGAGAAGUAGAUUUUAAAGAGUUUAUUCGUGGUGUUUCACAAUUUAGUGUAAAGGGUGAUAAAGAAAGUAAAUUAAGAUUUGCAUUUAGAAUUUAUGACAUGGAUAAUGAUGGAUUCAUUAGUAAUGGCGAAUUGUUUCAAGUAUUAAAAAUGAUGGUAGGAAAUAAUUUAAAGGAUACACAAUUGCAGCAAAUUGUCGACAAAACAAUAUUAUUUGCAGACAAAGAUGAGGAUGGAAAAAUUAGUUUUGAAGAAUUUUGUUCAGUUGUCGGCAACACGGAUAUUCAUAAGAAAAUGGUGGUUGACGUUUAAGUAAUCAAACUCUAUUCGACAUGUAAAAACUUUAAACGAUGCUAAACGGUAAUGUAAUUUCAAUUUCAUGAAUUCAUUACUAAUCAUAGCUUUAUCGGAUAGUUUAUAAGUAAAAAUAAAGAUCUGUCUCGUACUAGGGUGAAUUAAAAUGAUCCCCGUUCAGACGUUAAUCAUCGAUAUCAAUUGAUUUGUACCAUAGCACAUAGAAUUGCUUAAGUUCUCGAUAGUACUAAUUUAUAAUCUUUUUUAACCAGUAAUACUGGUUAAGUUCUUCGAUAGUACAAUUGUUACUCUAUUUAUAACUUUUUCUCCUUCUUUCGAAUCAAGGGCGGAUCAAGAUUUUUUUUCUCUCUCAAUUAACAAAGAAAUAAAUUUUUUAAACAGGCAUUAUAUAGUAAGGGAGAAGAUAAAAUUGUUUUUUUUCUGGCUUUUUUUCUUUUAUUUUGCCAUUAAUAAUUUUUAUUUUUUGUUUUGUUCGUUUAGAGAAACUUCUCCCUAAAAUCCGCCAUUGUUUCGAGUUAGACAAUCUUAUUCAAUUUUACAGCUUCAACGUAUAUAUUGUAAAUCCAUCUGGAUUAUUAUCUUUACCUCUUCGCAAUUUACUCAUUAUCCCACCAAAUGAUCAGUGAUUUAUACAUACAUCUCGAUAUAAUACAUUACAUACAUAUAUACGAGCAUAGAAUCAGUUUGAAACUUUUUAUAAUUCCGUAAGUUAUUUAAGAAUACGUAAAGCGACUUAUAAGUAACAGAACUGUCUUUGAAAUACGCGCAAAAUGCAAGUUUUUUGCAUUAGCAUGUGCCUGGGAAAGGGUUUUUAAAUGUAUGACUCGCUAAUUCCACUAAUACACUCGAAUUCAAAACAAAACAAAAACUAUUAAUGCUUAAAAAAAAAAAAAAAAAUGGACGUUGAUGCAAAUGCAAAACGUGUGCAAUAUAUAAUGGAGUGUUCGCCUUGUCAAAUUCUUCGCAUAAUAUAGGACACCUCCUCUUUUUUCAAAUAGGAACUAUAGUUCUUGGAUGGCAUAUCAUGAAAUUUCUGUUUCGCGAAGAUUUAUUAACUCUUAACUUGUAGCUAGAAAAAAGCAAAUUUGUUAUUUUAUAUCUUGCGAGAGUAAUUGAAAAAAAAAUUUUGUCAGGAACAUUUUUCUAUGUCCCUGCAUUUUUUUCUUUUCAUUUUCUAUUUAUUUGUUGUUGUUUUUAUUUUUAUUGCCCACCAAUGUAUUUAAAUUUAAUAUAUUUAAUAUAUUUUCAUUGUAACUUCGGAAGAAACGGAUCAAGGCCAAAUAUCACAUUAAUAGAGGCACAAUGAUUUUUUUUUUCUCAAGAAUUAUUGUGAGUCGAUCCAAGUUUUUUUUUUUUUUUUUAAAAAAAAAAAAAAGAGAACUAGUUGUAAGAAUUAUGCGUCUAGAUAUCUACGUCUUGCCAUGUUUCGUGCAAAAGACUGAAAAACAUCUCGGUUCUCUGCGUCUUUCGAAUGUACAAUAUUGCAUUGGUUGCGUAUUACUUAAAGUGUGGUUAUUUAAGUGAAAGUAUAUAUUAUAAAUAUACAUAAUAUAAUUAUAAAGAAAAACUUAUUCUAACGUUUUAACUGUUUCUAUAUGUAAAUGUUAUGUGCUCUCGCUAAAUGUCCAAUCAAAGUUCAGAAUUUAAAAAAAUAUAUUGCAAUGAAUCUCUACAA